UCUGGGCAGCAGAUGUCAUCGGCUAGUGUUGCUCAGCCGUUCUUUCAGCAGCAGAGGCCCGUUUUCACUCCUUCGGCAGGGUAUUCUCAACCUGCCGCUUCGUUUGGUGGCCAGCGGGGCCGUGGUUCAGGAGGGCGUGGUUUUGGUGGCCGUGGGAACGGUGGUAGAGGCUCGGGUAGUUACAGUUCUUCUCAGGCACCGCAGCAGGGACAGGGUCAGGCCAGAGUAUUUGCUCUGACUCCUCAGGAUGCUCGUGCAUCAAACGCCGUGGUGCAAGACCCGUCGACUGUUCGUGCUUCGGAGUCUACGCAGGGUUAGCUGUUUGCCAAGAUCACGUGGAUAAGCAAGCAGUUUAUGAUUUGAAAGCUGGUCCACUCCGAUUCUUUUGAUUCCUCGGAGGUUUUUAUGUUAUUAAACUAGUUUCUAUUUUUCGAACUCUUAGACCGCAGUAGAACUAGUUAUUUAUUUCAUUGGAUUAUUAUAC